AUGACUACUACCCCAAGUAUAACUCUUGAGGUGGAACAAUUAACUACUGUGGCGGUCAACUUCUCUAUAUGCGAGCCUUCACCAUCUCAUUCUCUUAUCAAGAGGAGUCAGGGUGAUAGUCCGUCCACUCUUGUUGAAGGAGGUUCUCCUAAACGGACUUGCCUAUCGGAAGGUGUAGAGUUUGAGGCUCUUACUCAUUUUUUCUGGCUUAUAUCCAUCCUUCUCUCUGGGAUACCAAGCACCCUAGAGGAAUUUUCUUCUACCGUGUCCAGUGAAGACCUAGCCUUCGUCUAG